AUGAAUUGUGAUGAUGAUAAAAUUUCAUUCUUAUCUUCAUUAGAUGAUGAUUCUCUAAUACAAUAUGUGGAACAUAUAUCGCAAAAUGGCACAACAACGUAUGCUAAUGAUGAUGCUGGAAAUAUGGAUUUAAAUAAAAAUACUAAUGAUGAUGAUUUAUCGAAGAAACAAAAUCCAAAGAGAAAAAACUACACCAGAGGUGAUUAUUUUAGAGAUAAAAGGGCAAAACAAGCAAAGCAAGAUAAGAUUUUAUUAAAUAAUAAUAAAGAUAAAUUAAAAAUCUUUGAAAAUUGUACUAUCUACAUAAAUGGUCAUACAAAUCCAGAUAGAUUAAAAUUGCAUGAGCUAAUUGUGAUUCAUGGUGGUAAAUUCUUGCAUUUCUUAUCUGCAAAAGGUAGUGCAACUCAUAUUGUAGCUUCUAAGUUACCAUUGAAAAAGAAAUUAGAAUAUGCAAAUUAUAAGGUUGUUAAUCCUGAUUGGAUUAUGAACUCAAUUAAUGCUGGUAAACUUUUACCAUGGCAAGAAUAUUCUUUGGUAUCUGAUGUUAAUUUUGGUCAAUCAAAAUUAAAACUUAAAAACUUAGAGAUUAAAAAUGGAGAUACAAGUAGUGUCAUAAAUUGUAAUGAUCCAAGUUUUAUUGAAAAUUAUUUUAAAAAUUCACGUCUUCAUCAUUUAUCCACUUGGAAAUCUGAAUUAAGGUCCAAUUUUGUUCAAGAUUUGUUAUCUUCAAAUACCAGGAGAAAGAUUCAAAAAGAGGAUACAUUGAAAAUAUUUCAUGUAGAUUUUGACUGUUUCUUUGCUACUGUUGCUGCAUUAUCAGUGACAGAUAUGGCUAUAGAUAUUAAUAAAGAUGCGAUAUUGGUUUGCCAUGGUUCAAAAAAUUCUGACAUUGCUAGUUGCAAUUAUGUUGCAAGAAAUUUAGGUAUCAAAAAUGGUAUGUGGGUAUCGAGAGCUGAAAAAUUAUGUCCAAAGGGAAUGAAAUUAAUAUGUUUGCCUUAUAAUUUUGAGCAAAUUGAAUUGAAAUCAAAAAUAUUUUACAAUGUUCUUAAAGAACUUGAACUUUUCCAAUUAAUCCUACCAAUUUCAAUUGAUGAAGCUAUAUGUGUUAUAUCAAAUCCAGAUCCUUUCAUUGACCUCAAUGGAGUAUGUGAAACUAUACGAAAUCUGGUUCACCAAGAAACAGGUGGGUGUACAGUAAGUAUUGGUUGUGCUGAAUCACUAAUACUUGCAAGGUUGGCAUUAAGAUUGGGUAAACCAGAUGGAUAUUAUGUCGUAAACUCAAAUUCUGACAUAGCAAAUAAUGUUGAAUUUUGGAAAAAAUUUAAGAUUACUGACCUACCAGGUUUUGGAAAUGCAACUCUAAAUAAAUUGGAUGAACAGUUCAAUAUAAAAGAUCAAAAUUCAUUGUAUAACCUGCAGCAAUUGGUAAUUAAUAAUGAUUUGAAAAAUAUACUUGGUAAUAAGACAAGUGAAAAACUUAAUUUAGCAUUAAAAGGUUUGGAUGAUAAUGAGAGCACUAAAAUGAUAUAUGAUCCUGAUGAAGUUUUCAAAAGAAAAUCGUUAUCUAUGGAAAUAAACUGGGGUAUUAGAUUCGAAAAUAUUGGCCAGGUUGAUGUUUUUAUCGAUAGGUGUGCCAAAUAUCUUGUUGAUAAAUUAAUUAAUAUGAACUCUAAAAUUGACCAAGUAACUCUAAAGAUUUCAAGAAAGGCAAAGUCAGCGCCAGAGAAUCCUUUAAAAUAUAUGGGUAUGGGGCUCUGUGAUUCUUUUAGUAAGAAUAGUAAAUUAGGUCUCCCUACAUCUGAUAUAGGAAUAAUUGCAACUGAAGUUAAAAGCUUAUUUAGAAUGUUAAGUUGUCCGCCAACAGAAUUGAGAGGUGUAUCUAUUCAGUUUAAUAAGUUGAUUGAUACUAAUGAUGUUGACUAUAGAUUGAAACUUCCCUUUAAGAAAAUUAUUGUUGAUGAUACUUUUAACAAAAUUCCCGAGAAAUUAAAGCCUACUAUUAGAAAAGAACUAAAUAAAAGAGAAAUUGCCAUAUUUUCAUCGAGAACAGGAUCUUUACAACCGAAGAAACAAAUUGAUAAGAAGUUCUCUCCUACAAAAGAAGAAGAGAAAUUUAUUCAAGAACUUCCAACUCAAAUUCGUAAGGAAGUAAUUCAUGACUUGACAAUUAUUAAAAAGGCAAAGCAUUCCAAAUUGGAUGAUGUAAAGGAAUCUGCCAGAAAAAGAGAGAAUAAUUUUAGACAGAGUAAAUUUCAUUUCCAAGGUAAAGACUCUAUAUUCAAACAAAUCAGUUUCCAAGGCGAGACUUCUUUUAAAAAAAUAUCAAAACUAGUAACAAAUUGGAUAAAUGCGACACUAAAUGAUGCAGGACCUCAUGUAAAAGAUGUAAAAUUGUUCGAAAAAUACCUCAUCAAAUUAGCAAAUACAAACCGGAUCCAUAUGGUUUUAAGUUUGGUUGAAUUGGUUUCAAAUCAACUUAAUUUAAAUUCAACAAAUGAAACUCUGAAUGUAUACAAUAACUCAGUUGAAACUGGAUUUCAACAGUGGGAACAGGUUCUAUUGAAUAGAAUGAUCCCAAUUCUGAAUAAGAAUAAACAUACUUUCCAAACUGAAAGGAAAUUGAAUAUUGAAUUCAAUAUUUGA